UUACAUUUAUGAGUAAAACGUGUUCGAGGGAUUAAUUUUAUAAAUAGGACAGAACAAACAGCGUUAGGAAAGAAACGUAUCUCCCAACCAAACAUGUCAUCAUUAACAUUUAUUUUGUCAGUCUUAUUGUUUCAACUCCUCUGUACCUCACACCCAUGUCAACGCAUCCUCACCUCCGCCGCAGCUGGCGGAAGGUGGCAACUCCUGCAAAAAAGCAUCGGCAUCUCCGCCAUGCACAUGCAACUCCUUAGCAAUGACCGUGUCGUUGCCUUUGAUAGAACUGAUUUUGGGCCAUCAAAUCUGCCACUACCGAAAGGGAAAUGCCGUUUUGACUUGAAUGACACUGCUCUCAAACAGGAUUGCACGGCGCAUUCAAUUGAGUACGAUGUUUUAUCGAAUAAGUUCAGGCCACUUAUGGUCCAAACCGACGUCUGGUGCUCUUCCGGUGCCGUCACGCCCAAUGGUGAUCUAGUCCAAACCGGUGGCUUCAAUGACGGUGAACGUAAAGUGAGGGUCUUUAGCCCGUGCAGUUCAUGCGAUUGGCAAGAAUCAAAUAACGGGUUAGCAGCCAGAAGAUGGUAUUCGACCAACCAUAUCUUGCCAGAUGGAAGACAAAUCAUUGUCGGCGGUCGAAAGCAAUUUAACUACGAGUUUGUUCCUAAAAACAUAGCGGCCAACACGUUCGAUUUGCCUUUCUUGUUUGAAACCAAUGAUCGAGAAGUCGAGAACAAUCUCUACCCUUUUGUUUUCCUUAAUGUUGAUGGAAACUUAUUUGUUUUCGCUAACAAUCGAGCCAUUUUGCUUGAUUACGUGAAAAAUAAAGUUGUCAAGAGGUAUCCGACAAUUCCAGGUGGCGAUCCUAGAAGCUAUCCAAGCACUGGUUCGGCUGUCUUGCUUCCAUUGAAGAACUUCAAAGCAUCAGCUAUUCAAGCUGAAGUUUUGGUGUGUGGAGGUGCUCCUAAAGGAUCUUAUUCCCAAGCCACACAAGGUGAGUUCAUUGGAGCCUUGAAGACUUGCGCCAGGAUCAUAAUAACCGACCCCAACCCAAAAUGGGUCAUCGAGACUAUGCCACUAGCUAGAGUUAUGGGUGACAUGAUAUUGCUUCCAAACGGUAACGUUUUGCUCAUUAAUGGGGCCGGGUCAGGGUCAGCUGGUUGGGAAUUUGGUCGGAACCCGGUUUUAAAUCCGGUUUUAUACCGGCCGGAUAACAAAAUCGGAACACGUUUCGAAACACAUACCCCGACCAAGAUUCCACGGAUGUAUCACUCCACAGCAGCAUUACUUCGUGAUGGCAGAGUUUUAGUUGGUGGAAGCAAUCCUCAUACUUAUUACAAUUUUACAAGUGUUCUAUUCCCUACUGAACUAAGUUUAGAGGCAUUCUGUCCGCCGUAUUUGGAGGCUAAAUUCAACAAUUUGCGACCAACAAUCGUUGGUCCAAACUCAAUGUCGGGAAUCAGCUACGGGAAAACGCUAACACUUGAAAUGGAGAUUAGGGGUAAAGUAGAAGAAAAAUUAGUGUGGAUAACAAUGGUGGCACCAGCUUUCAAUACACAUUCAUUCUCUAUGAAUCAAAGGUUGCUUGUACUUGGAAAUGACAAAAUAACAGCUUUGGGGGAAUCAAGGUAUAACAUUGAGGUAAGGACGCCAAGAUCGGGUAAUCUUGCGCCAGCAGGGUUUUAUCUUUUAUUUGUGGUCCAUCAAGACAUUCCCAGCAUGGGAAUUUGGGUCAAGUUGCAGUAAAGAAGACAAAAAGAUUCUUCGAUUUCUUUCAAAUAUCCAAAAACAAAUGCUCUGCUAAUUUGCAUGGUCGUUAAAGAUUAGUUUGAUUCCUUGCUGGUCUAUAUACUUAUUAUUAUUACGAAAUGUGACAUAGAUAUGUUUGGUUCUUUUAUUCAUUAUAUAUGGUCAAAUUAUGAUAUAUACCCAAUGGCUUUGACAA